GUCCAGAAACAGUAUAAAUGAUGUCUAAAUGAGACCUUAUAAGAUGUUGAAAAUACGUCCACAAAGACCACAUUUAAACUAGGUUUUAACCUAAUACAGAGGUUCCAUGAACGUCUAUCGGACGUUCAGAAGACGUCAUAAAAAGAUGUCAUAACUUUCAUUCUUUUGGAUGUUCAAUAUGUAUGUCAAUGCUGAACGGUGAAAAGACGUCUAGAAAGGACGACGCAAAAACUUUCAUUCUGGCUCCUCAGUGGAUGUCUUUUGGAUGUUCAAUAUGUAUGUCAAUGCUGAACGGUGAAAAGACGUCUAGAAAGGACGACGCAAAAACUUUCAUUCUGGCUCCUCAGUGGAUGUCUUUUGGAUGUUCAAUAUGUAUGUCACUUGGAUGUCAAAACAGAACAGUGAAAAGAUGUCUAGAAAGGAUGACACAAAAACUUUCAUUCUGGUUCCUCAGUGGACGUCUUUUGGAUGUUCAAUAUGUAUGUCACUUGGAUGUCAAUACUGAACGGUGAAAAGACAUCUAAAAAAGACGUUUCAAAAACAUUCGACAAAUACGUUAAAUUGACAUCUUUUGGACGUGUCUUUGUUUAGUGGGAUGGGUCAAGGCAAGAAUAUCAUUGACUAGGGACUUUUAUUUUAUUAGCCUCUCUGUCACUGUCAGCAGUUUCUUUUAUUGUUUUCAAACAAUCUUAGACAGUGUCAUACCUGUUUGUUCAUGAAUUAGCAUUAAAUUAAUAAUUAAAAUUACAAUAUACAAGAAUAAUAGAUAUACAGAUAAUUUGUAUCUUCUCUUAUUCAUUGGGACUUCUCAGAAUGAAACCAGAGCAUCUUUUAAAUUUCAACUCUUAAGCAUAGAUGUUCGUCUUCUUUGUAACACUGCCAUCCAUUUGCAGAGGUUAUUGACAUAUCUGAUAACUUAAAAUGUUAAAAUGUUCUUCUAUGUUCACCAGAACAUAUUUAUAGCAUUUCUCAUCUUAGGCCCAUGCAAUGUGUUAAACUAAUAUUAGAAGAUUUGUCAUAGCCACGUGACUGCAUAUCAUUCGCACUUAAAACCUUUCACACCCACAGCGACGCAGCCAGCGUAUAAAAUACAGGUUAGAGAGACAACUUUUGUCUCUCUUUUCAACCAUGACUCAUUUUUGACGAGCUCAGCUGUACAUUUAAUAGUAGAUCAUGGGGCAGUUCCAGAUUUAUCUUGUUUUCUGGGCAUUGCUUCUUAUGACCAUUUCUGGAGAGGAUGACACAGGUGCAUCAAAAGAGUGUGAGGAUGCUCCCUUUGUUCCAGGGUACAAUCUUGCUGGAGAGGGAUUUGAUGUUGUGACCAUGGAGCGAAAAGGAUCUUACGUGAUUAACAUGGAGAAAUGGGAUUUAGGAAACAGCACUUGUAAAUUGCGCAAAAACAAUUACAUGAAUGGAAUAAAACAAAAGCUACCAGCUGCAGUUGUGUUCUGGAGGACUUUGCCAAAGUGUUCAAUGAAAGUCUCCAGUCAGAUCUUUGAAUCAAGUGAAGCACUGGUCAAUGAUUCCUCAUCAGCACUCUCGGUCGGCUGGAAAGUUGGUUUAGAUGUGAAGGUUGCUGGAGCUGCAGUCGGAAGCACUCAUUCCAGGGAAGCAAAAUUUGCAAUGACAAAAUCCAAAGAAGACAAAUACAGUUUCACCAAACAUGAAGUUGCAUGCAGCUUUUACAGAUAUCUCGUAGCUGGAAAGCCUCCCCUUCAUGCAGAGUUUCUUGAAGCAAUCAAAUCACUCCCUGCAUCCUAUGAUCCAGACGCCUACCACAACCUGAUCACCACAUAUGGCACUCACUAUAUCAAAGGUGUCAAGUUAGGGGGGCAAAUGAAAGCCAUAACAGCCAUCAAAACCUGUCAGGCAACAGUGAGUGGACUUACAGACACUGCAGUAAAAGACUGUUUGGAUGUAGAAGCCUCUGGUUCAUACAACGUAGCAACUGUGAAGGUAGAGUCACAUUUUUGUAAAGAAAAAAAGAAGAAAAUGGGCACAAAUCAAAAGUUCAGCACCAUGUUCAAUGAGCGCCAGACAGAGAUUAUCGGAGGAAACAUAAAUGGUGAAGAUCUUCUUUUUUCUGGUUCAUCACACCCAAAUUCUCUUAAAAACUGGCUUGAGUCUUUGAAGAGCCUCCCUGACAUUGUGCGUUACUCUCUGAAACCCCUCCAUUUCUUACUGAGUGCUAAACACCCUGCCAGGAAAGGACUGAAGAGAGCUGUUGAAAAAUAUAUAAUUGAAAAUGCCCUCAUGAAGGUUUGUUCUGAGCCUUGUAACAUUGGCAGGAAGUGCAGUGCAAGAGACCGAUGUGCUUGUGUUUGUAAAAGCAGUCAAAUUAUAAAGUCUAACUGUUGUCCAGUUGAAAAAGGACUUGCCACCCUGAAAAUUUACAGUCUCAGAGCCAAAGGUCUGUAUGGAGAUGUACGUACUGAAACAGAUGGUUUUGUAUUGGUUGAAUAUGGCACACAAAAGAAGCGCACUGAGACUAUUAAUGAUAAUGACAAUCCACGUUGGCCAGAAACAUUCGAGUUUGGUCCUAAUAAGAUCAGCAUGGCAAAUAAACUAACUUUUAAAGUAUAUGAUGCAGAUAGUUACUGGAACAACGAUCUCCUUGGUAAAUGCUCUUUUGCUCUUAGAAGUGGAAUUGUGCAUGACACUUGUGUUUUUAAAUAUGGUACCUUCUUUUUUACCUAUGAAGUGAAAUGUGCUCCUAGUCUAAAUGGCCCACAGUGUAAUGAACACAAAGCUUCUCCAAUGGCUGCUCAUCUGGCUGACAUUUUCAGCUCAAGAAAUGGGGUUCUGGUUAAAGACAUGCCCAAACUUGAAUCAUUUCACAAUUUCUCAAAUAAAUUCAACAGCGCUAAUGGAAAAUGGAUAAAGCUGUAGUAUUUUAAUAGGAUCUCAAAUCAGGCCUUGUGCAUUAAAGCCAUAAUCUUGCAAAGCUUGCUAAUAAUCACAUGCUUCAAAUGCUUAAGUAUAAACUUUUUUCAAUUAUUUGCAUUACAAUUACUUGUCUUUGUAUGCUGUUUUAUUAAAGCAUUCACAAAACCUGAUCUGUGUAAUUGAUUUGUUGACUUUUUGGGAAGAAAAAUUCAUAAAACUGACAGCUGCUCUCAAACGAUAUGUAACUAAAACCUUCUUCUGGAGGCAUACUAUAUCAUUGUUUGUAAUUAUUUGAUCAGAAUGAUUAAUUUGAAUAUAAAAUCAUAUAAACUUAAUGAGACACCUUUUGGAAAAUAUCAAUUGAAUCAGGUUCAGUCAAAUGCUUUGUGUCAAGUUAAAUCAGAGCUAUCAGGGGCCUGUACCAUGAUAGUGGUUAAGCAAACCCAGGGUUAAGAGAUUAGUUUUGAGUUGAUAAAACCAAAUCAAUCCAAUCCAGUUUUGUUGGUACCAUGACGCUAAUCAUCAACUUGCUCUGUCAACUGAGGCUUUGAUCCAGUAUUCAUGGAGUGCACACACAUGUAAAUGUGACAUCAGUAGCAAACAGUGAAUCACAUGCUUCGAAACUUAGAGAAACUGCGAUUCACUUCUCAUGAGAGUCUGCAUGAUUCAGUUCUGUCUUCUGCCGAAGAUUAAGAGAUUGGAGAAUAUGAAAUGCAUUUUCAGAAGAAAAUAUCUUGCUCUAUCAGAGCAAGAGAAAAUUGUUGUUAGUACUGUAUACUAUAUAG